CUCUGGCACCCUUCAUGCGCUGAUGCGCACCAUUUUGUGCGACCUCCCUCUCCCUACUUUCCUCUCUGUCGCUUUCUCCUACACUCUUUGGCGGUGAACACAAAAGAACAGUCAACAUUUCACAUAAAUUUGAGUGGCUAUGCCAUUGACUGCUAUCUCAUUUUGUGGUCCCCUAUGUUGCAUCCAAUCUUCAGAUAUUCAAAUAUCCGAAGUUAGGGUUAAACAAACAGUUAGAGCGUCUCUUCCACGAGUUUUGACAGCAUAUUUGGAUGAUGAGAAAGUAGCAAGCAGCGCUAACCUUUCAGUAAUGGGUUCCAGGGAAUUGGAGAAACGAAUAAGGGAGCGACUAAGAAAGGUCGAAUAUUCUGCUUCUUCGUAUGACACGGCAUGGGUAGCCAUGGUUCCUUCUCCUGGAUCUCCUCAAACCCCAUGCUUCCCUCAGUGUGUCAAUUGGAUGUUACAAAAUCAAAAUUCUAAUGGAUCCUGGGGACUCGACCAUAUUCAUCCCUCUUUGAUGAAAGAUGCUCUAUCUUCCACAUUGGCAUGUGUACUUGCGCUCAGGCGAUGGAAUGCGGGUGAAGAGCAUAUAAGAAGAGGGCUACGUUAUAUUGGAUCUAAUUUGUCAUGUGUUAUGGAUGAGAAUUAUCAGUCUCCUGUCGGCUUCAAUAUCAUUUUCCCUGGCAUGCUUAAACUUGCCAUCGAUUUGGGUUUAGAUAUUCCCAUAAGACAGCGUGCUAUUCAGGAUGUUCUUUGCCUUCGAGAUUUAGAAUUGAAAAGAGAUUCUGCAAACAUUUCUGAGGGUAGAAAAGCGUACAUGGCAUAUGUAUCCGAAGGAUUAAGAAAUGUACAAAAUUGGAAUGAGGUUAUGAAAUAUCAGGGGAAGAACGGAUCGUUGUUCAAUUCUCCUUCAACAACAGCUGUUGCAUUGACCCAUCUUUAUGAUGUCAAAGCUCUUGACUACUUGCAUGCUGUUUUACGGCGGUUUGGCAGCUCAGUUCCUACUGUUUAUCCGUUUGAGAUACAUACGCAACUUUGCAUGGUUGACACUCUUGAAAAGUUGGGAAUUUCUCGGCAGUUUACUUUUGAGAUCAGGACCAUCUUGGACAGAAUAUACAGAUGCUGGUUGGAGAACGAUGAGGAACUUAGUUCGGAUAUGGCCACAUGUGCUAUGGCAUUUCGUCUUUUGCGUAUGAACGGAUUUGAUGUUUCUUCAGAUGGGUUAUCUCGCUUUGCUGAAGCACACAAUUUCCAUAAUUCCCUGCAAGGACAUCUGAAAGAUAUGAAAACUGUUCUAGAAUUUCACAAGGCAUCGCAGAUUAAAAUCUCGGACUGUGAACAAGUCUUAGAUAAAUUAGGGUCCUGGUCCAGUAGCUUACUAAAGGAGGAAAUAUCUUCUAAUUCAAAACAUUCUUCCCCAGUUAUCUCCCAAGAGGCAGAUUAUGUUCUCAAAUUUCCCUUUUACGCCAAUUUGGAACGCUUAGAACACAAGAGAAACAUUGAGCACUUUGAUGUUGCCAAUUAUCAGAUUCUCAAAACAUCAUAUAAGUCUUUCUGCACUUCUGAUGAUCUUCUUAAAUUGGCAGUUGAAGAUUUCAGUAGUUGUCAGUCUAUAUACCGGAAAGAACUUCAGCAUCUUCAGAGCUGGGUCAGAGAAAACAGGUUGGAUCAGCUAGGAUUUGCUCGGGAUAAGCUAACAUACUGUUACCUCUCUGCUGCUGCCACUCUAUAUUCUCCCGAAUUAACCGAUGCUCGCAUUUCAUGGGCUAAAAAUGGUGUGCUCACCACUGUGGUUGAUGACUUCUUCGACAUAGGUGGAUCACAAGAAGAAUUAAAAAACCUCAUCAGUUUAGUUGAGAAAUGGGAUGGAAAUCACAAAAAAGAGUUCUGCUCUGAGCACGUAGAGAUUGUAUUUUCCGCUAUUUACAGCACAAUCAAUGAGCUUGGAGCUAAGGCAUCAGCAGUACAAAAUCGUAGUGUUACCGGCCACUUAGUUGAAAUAUGGCUUAGCUUGAUGAGGUCCAUGAUGAACGAGGCAGAGUGGCUGAGGAACAAAACGGUACCCACGAUAGAGCAGUACAUGGAAAAUGGAUUUGUUUCCUUUGCUUUGGGCCCCAUCAUUCUCCCGGCUCUCUACUUUGUUGGUCCAAAGCUUUCGGAAGAGGCCGUUGCAGAUCCAGAAUGCCAUGAAAUGUUCAGACUUGUGAGCACAUGCGGCCGUCUUCUAAACGACCUGCAAGGUUACGAGAGAGAAGGUAAAGAAGGAAAGUUGAACAGCAUCUCGCUCCGCCUUCUUCAUGGCGGCUCUUCCGCCUCUAUAGAAGAGGCUAAAAGGGAGAUAAAGAGAUCCGUCGAAACUUCUCGGAGAGAAUUGCUAAGGCUAGUGCUGAAGGAGGGAACUGUAAUUCCUCGAAGUUGCAAGGACUUAUUUUGGAAGAUGUGCAGAAUACUUCACCUAUUUUACAUGAACACUGAUGGAUUUACAUCUCCAAAGGAAAUGGUGAGUGCUGUAAAUGCAGUUGUUCAUGAACCGCUCAAAAUUAGCCAUCUUUUUUCAGCUAUACCCGUCGAAAAUACAAAUACAAAUUCCUAACUUGAACCUGGAUCCAUGUAUAUUUAUUGUUCCCAACAGGAACUGAAUCUAUGUAUAUUUGUUGUCUAGAAUCGAAUAGUUUCUCUCGAAAAUAUUGGGUCACCAAGAACUCCUCAUCAUCGAUAAAUUAUGUGAUUAAAAUCUCAUAAAAGUAUUACUCUAAAGAAUAUCUGGAUUUAUAUCGGAUUCGGAUUUGGUCCUUUUUAAA